GUUUAAUGCCCGUUCUUUUUCGUUUAGUCACUUCUAGCAUAGGGCCUGGAGUGAAGAACGAAAAGAAGAACAUAAGCCGGAAACAGCUGCCAAGCGCUGCUAGAAGUGUCCAUUACGAACCGAUGCUCCGCAGACUCUAUAGUGUGUAGACCGCCUUUCUUGCUUCGGAGACACAUCUUAAUGGGAUUAGAACCUUUAUUUCGACGAAGAUCCGGGUGUCGGCAGUCGGCCAGUUCUUGCAUGUAGCAGCACCAUGGGGGGUCAGUGGGACGGUCCAGGUGGUGGUCCGAGAUGUUUGUGGCGUGCGCCUUUCUCGAGGUUCCCUGGCCUGCCCUGCAACCCUGCACCCGCCAAACACAUAGGCCUCCGAGAAACAGCCCACGUGGUUCCGUGAAGGCUGAGGAAUCGGAGGACCUUGGAAGACAGGACCAUGGAGAGGACGCGAGUGGCGGUUUCUGCGAAGGACCCCCAGCGGCCACCCCGCAGCUCCGCAUCAGCAGCACCUUCUCCCUGGCCGGCCCGGCCGGCGAUGCGGGGCAGGCGGAGCAGGCUUGGCGGCAGACGCGCAGCAGGAAGGCGAGGCUGGACUCCAAGCUCGGGGAGUCCGGGAACAAGUCUCGGGACAAGGCGGCCCCGCGGAAGCACCGAGCAGGCAACUCCAAGGCGGGGCGACACGUGUGCCAAGUGUGCGGCAAGGACUGGCCAUCAGCUUCUAAGCUGGAGAUUCACGCGAGGAAGCACACCGGAGAGAAACCGUUCGAGUGUGACGAGUGCGGGAAGAAGUUCACGUUCAAGGGUAAUCUUGACGUGCACAUGAGGGUCCACACUGGAGAGAAACCGUUCGUGUGUGAUGUGUGCGAGAAGAAGUUUUCCAUGAAACAGGAUCUUAAGCGGCACUCGAGGAUUCACAAUGGGGAGAAGCCCUACGAGUGCGGCGUGUGCAAGAGAAGGUUCACUCACAAGGGACAUCUUGAUAGGCACAUGAGGGUUCACACUGGUGAGAAGCCUUUGCGAUGUGUGCAGGGAGAAGUUUGCGAGGCCUAAUACUUUUGCAGCACUCAAGCGAAUCCACUCUGGGGAGAAACCGUAGAGUGCGACGUGUAGAAGAAAAAGUUCACUCAGUUCUCAGUUGGUUGGUCGUGGUUUGCACCGGAGGCUUCACUCUGGAGAGACGCCUUAACUUUGUGCGGAGAGGUGUCAAUUUGGUGUCGUUCAAUGCCCAAGCGCUCAUUCAUGAGCGAUGCAAGGAUUUGAUUUGUUCGGUUUUCUGUCUUCGUGUGGGAGGGGCAACGCAAUGUGCCUGCGGACAUUUGCAACAGUUAAGGACAGGUUUUUUCGCGCCUCUAAAAUUUGUUUCUUUACUAUUCAACUGCUCUGUAUCUUGCCUAGUUAUUGCCUCUUCUUGUAUAACACUCCUACCCUUGCGAUACGUUCUUUAUGUGGCGGUAAAUUGCUUUUUUUAUUUGUCAUAUUUCUUGUGGCCAUCAAAAGAUUUGUUACUGAAUAAAUAUUUCCUUUCCCUUUC